GUCUGUAGCUUGGGCGGGUCGGUUGUCGCCACUCGUCCCUUCGCGUGUGUUGUGUGAAGUGUUGUGGGUGCUGCGCUGAGCCAACUCUCGGUCUUCUCAGAUUCGGGCGGAGCCCAGCCGCAUAGCGGCACAACGAUCUCUUGAUUAUUUUUUUUUCGAUUGUGAGUGCAAGAAACUAUAGUGAUCUGUGAAGUGUCCAAGUGCGAAAACAUGUCGUUUAUUGGAUUCACUGCCCUCGUGGCACUGGCCGCUAUAGGGUCAGUGCUAUGCGAGGACGAAACUAUAGGACCGAUAUUCAUGAAGGAACCCGCAAACCGAGUGGACUUUAGCAACACGACUGGAGCGACUGUUGAAUGUGCGGCUCGAGGAUCCCCGACACCCGACAUCAUCUGGGUCCGAUCUGACGGAACUGCUGUUGGUGAUGUCCCUGGACUGCGACAGGUUCAAGCGAACGGAAACCUUUUAUUCCCGCCUUUCCGAGCGGAGGAUUACCGGCAAGAAGUUCAUGCCCAGGUUUACGCUUGUCUCGCUCGCAACUCUGUUGGUACCAUUCAUUCCCGGGACGUUAACGUUCGCGCCGUCGUAUCACAGUAUUACGUGACCGAAGCCGAAAACGAGUACGUGAUUAGAGGGAACACUGCUAUUGUUCACUGCAAGAUUCCAUCUUUCGUUAGUGACUUCGUUUACAUUGAAGCUUGGCUUAUGGAUGACGGACAAAUCCUUACAGUUAAUAAUACAAGCACUGCACAGGGUACACUUCUACAGAUUUCUUCUAAGCCAAAUUUCCCUAUCCAAUUAUAUUCCUUGGUUACUUCACCAGAUUAACAUAACGUUUUCUUGUAAAGUGGUAUCACAGCCUUUCGAAGCGGAAGCCGACAACGAGUACGUCAUUCGCGGCAAUGCAGCUAUAAUGAAAUGCGAAGUGCCAAGCUUUGUUUCUGAUUUUGUAUAUGUUGAAAUGUGGAUGGACAGCGAAGGAGGCACAUAUUACCCCAGCAGUAGCGAGGAGGGUAAAUACUUAGUACUUCCAUCUGGAGAAUUGCAUAUUCGAGAUGUCGGACCCGAGGAUGGUUACAAAUCAUACCAAUGUAGAACAAAGCACAGGCUUACUGGUGAAACCCGACUUUCUGCCACUAAGGGACGACUUGUCAUUACCGAGCCGACUGGUAGGACGGGACCAAAGGUGACGGGCGAUGGGCUCAAUCGACAAAUAGGUCGAGAAGGUGAAAGCCUCGCACUCCUUUGCGACGUUCAAGCUUUCCCAGCCCCUCUGACGAGUCUGUUGCGGCGGCCGCCCCGCCCACACGUGACAUGAAGGCGUGAUGAAUCGCGGCCGGCCGCGCGCCCUAUUAUGGUCCCCAGCCAAAGUAACGAUUGAGCAGCGUAGACACCUGUUGAACCAACGAACAGUAUCCCUCCCAAGCUGUCUAGUGGUCGUUUACAAGAAUCAGAGUUGAAUAUCGGACAAACGGUCACUAUCUUAUGCCUAAGUCAAGGUUUUCCAGUUCCGGUGUUCAGAUGGUACAAGUUUGUGGAAGGCACAACCAGGAAACAACCAGUUACGCUCGAUGACAGAGUAAAACAAGUAUCAGGAACCUUGAUUAUCAAAGAGGCUAAAGUUGAGGACUCUGGAAAAUAUUUAUGCGUUGUCAAUAACUCUGUUGGUGGCGAGUCCGUCGAAACUGUAUUGACUGUAACUGCUCCUUUGAAAGCUACCGUUGAGCCAGCUACUCAGACCGUGGACUUUGGAAGACCUGCCGUAUUUACCUGCAGAUAUGAGGGUAACCCUGUUAAAACGAUCACUUGGUUGAAGGACGGAAAGGAUAUGAAGCACCAUGAUGCUACCCUCAGGAUUGAAUCAGUAAAGAAGGAAGACAAGGGCAUGUACCAAUGUUUCAUUAGGAACGACCAAGAAAGUGCAGGGGCCAGCGCUGAGCUGAAACUGGGAGGACGAUUUGAACCGCCGCUAAUCCGGCACAGCUUUGGAGAACAGACUUUCCGUUCCGGCCCAUCUCUACGUCUUAAAUGCGUCGCAUCUGGCAACCCCACCCCCGACAUUGCGUGGCUCUUGGACGGCGAGAAACUGACCAGUGGUGAAAGACUUCAGAUCGGUCAAUUUGUCACCGCUGACGGCAACGUUGAAUCCCACUUGAACAUUUCUUCUGUGCAUACGAAUGAUGGCGGAUUGUACACAUGCAUCGCAUCCAGCAAGGUCGGAAGUGCUUCCCACGCGGCUCGCGUCAAUGUUUACGGCUUACCCUAUGUGCGACCCAUGAAGAAACGCCCCGUCGUCGCUGGUGACAACCUCAUCGUACACUGCCCCGUAGCUGGCUAUCCUAUUGACUCUAUCGUUUGGGAACGUGAUAACAGGGUACUCCCCAUCAACCGCAAGCAGAAAGUUUUCCCUAAUGGCACCCUCGUGAUCGAGAACGUCGAGCGAAUGAGUGACGAAGCGACCUACACCUGCGUGGCCAAGAACUCCCAAGGAUACACCGCUAAGGGAACAUUAGAAGUACAAGUCAUGGUGCCCCCUCAAAUAUUACCAUUCGAGUUUGGUGAUGAGCCAGCAAACGCAGGAGAUAUGGCUUCCAUAUCUUGCGCACUUAGCAAGGGCGACCAGCCUCUAAACAUUUCAUGGGUCCUCAAUGGUCAAGUAAUACCGAAAAACAACGAUAUGGGGAUCGUUUUAACCGUAAUCAACAAAAAGACUUCGAUCCUUAACAUAGACUCUGUAAGUGGUAUACACAGGGGCACGUACCUCUGUGUGGCGACGAACAUGGCUGGCUCAGUUAAUCAUAGCGCUGUACUCGAAGUCAACGUUCCUCCCCAAAUCUCACCAUUUGAAUUUGGUGAUGAGCCCGCCAACGCUGGUGAUACCGCAUCGGUUCAAUGCGUUAUGAAUAAGGGCGACCUGCCGGCUAAUUUCUCGUGGAGUUUAAACGGAAGAAAAAUCGCGCAGAACAAUAACAUGGGAAUAGCUAUCGGGGGCAUGGGUCGAAAAAUGUCUAUUCUGAAUAUUGAUUCUGUCAAUGGCACGCAUAGAGGUUUAUAUGUUUGCUACGUGGAAAACCUAGCUGGUCAAGUUAAUCACAGUGCCACUCUGGAAGUUAACGUGGCGCCAGUGGUUAUGCAUUUUGAAUUUGACGAAUCUGUCUUUUACGGAGAAGGUGUUCAAGUCAUGUGCCACGUACCAAAAGGAGAUAAACCUUUAAAUUUCAAGUGGACAUUUAAUGGUGGAGAUGUGAGUUCACUAAACGGUCUGAACAUCAUGAACGUGGGCGAUAGGGGUUCAGCUCUCAUAAUCCCAGCGGUGACGGCUAAACAUUCUGGCAAUUACACAUGCACCGCCUCUAACCUUGUCGCCAGUGCUAGCCACCACGCCACACUCAAUGUCAAGGGUAUACCGUCACGGUGA